AUAUUUUAUUGCAUCUUAUUUCCUCCUUUGCUUAACAAACAAAAUAGUCAACCGGACACUUCCACAUUCUUCGAGGAUCGGAUGACAUUCAUUUGUUAAUCUGCACUAGGUGACAAGGUGACCAAUUUUCCUGCGAAAAUUUUCAUUUUUCUUGGCAAAAUCCAUCUCUUUCAUACCACCGCCAUGAAAUGUCAUCCCUUCUGCGGGGGAAAGAUAUCGUCCAAGCUAAAGUUAUUGAUUGCGUUUGACAUUAUAGUGUCCGCCAUUUUACUACAAUUGGCCAUAAUUUGGAUAUUUUUCUUUCUGGGAUUUCACUUUGAGGUGAUCCCUCCAUCCGAUGAGUUUAUCAAGGACGCCACCCUGAUGGGCAUGCACUCCUCGACGGUCGUAAUAUUCGUCGUGUUCCUCAUAAUCGACGUCAUGUUGGACGUUUGGCUGUGGAUCAUUCUGCCAAAGAAGGACAAGUCCAGAAUCCAAGUCUGGUUCAUCAUCAAAGUUUCUCUCGAGCUUUGUGACGCUGUGGGGUUCUCCGUCGAGGUGAUAUUUGGUCACCACACGUCCAUCUACAUCGCCCCCAUGAUCGCCAACUUCCUCUUCACGGCUUUCUUCCUCUGGGUCGUCUACGUCUUCAUGGUCGAACUCCACAAAACGCCAAAGACCAUUCUUCUCGAGGGGAAUAAGUUUGUCAAGUUUUUCAAAACGGGGGGACAUCGACGAUCCAGUGGGUUUGGGGAUGACGAAACGGUGUUAAAUUCCGUUAUGGAUGAUUAAAAAUAGCUAAAAUUGUAGGUGGGUAAAAUAUUUUGUGAAAAUGCAGUAUUUUGAGCUCAGUUCUUCCCAGGGUUUGGAUUUCGGGGGCUGUUACACCCACAAAAGGACGAAAAUCUACGUGGAGAAGGUAACAGUCAGGCGAAAAUACAGAUUUUGAGACCAAAUUAACUUCUUAACGCUGUCAAAAUACUUUUAAAAAAUUGUGAAAACAAUUGAUUUUGACAGCGAUACAAGUUAAUUUCUUAACAAAACCUGUAUUUUCGACUGACUGUUACCUUCUCCACGUAGAUUUUCGUCCUUUUGUGGGUGUAACACCCCCGGAAGUCCAAAUCCUUAGAAUAACGGAGUACAGAAUACUUCUAUUUUCACAAAGUAUUCCCCCCAUCCCUCAAUUAUUAAUUAUAUCAUCAUUUUUUCACCGAGUUACCGUCAAUACUUGUGGUAAAUUAUAGGUAAUACAUAUAAAUUUAUGAGAUAAUAUGAUCUAAUAAGUCUAUAAUUAAUUAAAUAAUUAAAUUGAACCUGAGUCAUGGGAUAUUUUCAUAACAAAAUUUACCACCAUUUGUUUACAUUCUUAUCUAAUCUUGCCAAGCAGAGGCAGAUUGAAUAUUCUUUAUUUUGAAAUUUUUGUAUUUAUUUUGAAAUUAUGUAUUUAUCUUAAAUACCUAAUACCUCGUAUUACAUGUUUAUUCGUUUCACAUUGUACUUAUCAAAUUUUAAGUUGAAGAAAAUCUCUUAUCUCAUGUGUCACAAAUUAUGGUCCUAUCAUCAUUAACACACGACAUUUUACUUGUUAAUUUUCAAGAAAUGCAUACAAAUGUACACAACCUGCAUGAAAAUGAUAAGCUUGCAUGAGCAUCUCGUUUUAUUUACCAUUCUAAAAUUUAAUAAAUAACAUUCCUUAAAAAAUUUCUUUCCCAGUUUCAUUUCACAUUUUCUUGAGAAAGGUCAGAAUUCAUGAAAAGAUAAUCAUAAAAAAUAAAUUUAACAAAUGGAAUCGUUAACAACUUUAAUGCUGUGCACCUCACAAUCCCUCUUCCUAAUGGCGAUUUAUAGAUUUUCCUCGCUCGAAUUUGAACUAGAUCCCUCCUCGUCGACACCUUUUCGCCCCCGAAACCUUGGACCGUCGGAAUUCACGUCGUUGGAAGGAUUCGCCCUAUGUUGGAUGGUCCUUCGUGGCUUGACGGACGUCUACAUGAGCACCAAUUUCUUAGUGUGUGCCUCCCAAAAGACCCAGUCAAAACUUUACUCUUCCUGGUCCCGUUUCGCCCUCGUGACAAUGCUGAUCGACUCCUUGUUCAUGCUCCUCCUCGUUCGGAACGAGACUUAUCUUGGCAUGGAAAUGUUCGCCUUGGUUAUCGACGCCGUCAUAAAACUUGUCAUUACUUGCAUAUGUCUCAAUUUACGGAGAAAUUUGGGUGAAGGGGAAGAGCACAAACCACUCCUUUCCGGUUUUACAAAUAGUAAGAAGGGAAGGACGAUGUGUUAAUUAAUAAAAUAAAAUAAAAAGUUU